AUGUAUAAAGGAUAUUAUAAUUUUCAAAUAAGAAAUAAUUCUUACUAGCAUCUACUGUUUAGAAGAGUAUAAACGCAUAUUUGAGAUUACACGUUUUAGUUCUAUACCUUAAUACUAUCUAUAUUGAUAAAUGACUUAUAUGUAAAAAAUGCUGUAAUUUUCGGAUAAAAUUCAAUUUUUAACUGCAUCAUAAGAGAUCAAUUUAUCGCGUUAGAUUUAUAUGUGAUUUGUGGUAUGUACUUCUGAGAACACUAUGAUUGUGUGUAUAUGUAUAUGUAUAAAUUUAAAGAAAGUAGUAUAGAACACAGAUCGUGUAGAAUUAACCAUAAGUGGGCACCAUUGCACACGUGGAGAGGUUCUAACCUAAGCGGAUAUAUUUAUGAAUGUAAUUUUUAUUUAAGCAUAAUUUCCACACAUAAAAAUGACUUAUAAAGUUAUAGUUGAUUCUAAAAAUCCUCCAACAGAUGCAUUGAUAGUAUUAGAGGUAAUCAAUUCCCAAAAUAAGGAAAAAGUUGAAAUAGUUUGGUGCAAUGAUUGGAAGGAUGAUGGAAAUAUACAACUAACUGAUAGUCAAAAUAAAGUAUUGGGAAAAAGAAGCAGUGAUGUUAGUCGCUAUUUUGCUAGAACUACAUGUAUAGAUCUUUAUGGUGGUGUCAAUCCUCGUGAAAAGACUGAAGUUGAUCAUUGGUUAUCAUUUGCGAUCGGACCUCUUGAAUUUUAUCCAUUAAAGGAAGAUGCACUCUCUUAUUUAGAUAACAUAUUGAUGACAAACACUUGGUUGGUCUCCAAAAAAUUAACAAUUGCUGACAUCCAUGUAUUUUGUACUCUUGUAGAUAAGAAAUUUUUGACACAGUUUGAAAAAAAAUUUAUUAAUAUAACCAGAUGGUAUAAACAGGUGCUUUCAUUAUCAGCUGUGACAAAAGCAUUACUUUCAGUUAAAGAGAAUGCAAAAUUAUCUCUUCAUAAUAAUGUACAAUCUGAGAAAACUAUUAAUAAACAAACAGGGCAAAGAAAGCAAGAAGGUAAAUUUAUUGAUUUGCCUGGAGCAGAAAUGGGUAAAGUCAUAGUACGUUUUCCACCAGAAGCAAGUGGCUAUUUACAUAUUGGUCAUGCUAAGGCUGCCUUGCUAAAUCAAUAUUAUGCACAAACAUUUCAAGGACAAUUCAUUAUGAGAUUCGAUGAUACCAAUCCUGCAAAAGAGAAUGUAGAAUUUGAAAAAGCUAUUCUAGAAGAUUUAGAGUUACUGCAAAUUAAACCAGAUCGAUUUACUCAUUCUUCUGAUUACUUUGACUUAAUGUUGGAGUACUGUACUAAACUGAUAAAAGAUGGUAAGGCAUAUGUAGAUAAUACACCAGCUGAUAUAAUGAAAGAACAGCGUGAUCAGAAAUUGAUGUCAUCAAACAGAAAUAAUUCUAUUGAACAGAAUCUUGAAUUAUGGAAUGAGAUGCAGCAGGGUACAGUUAAAGGUCAGGAAUGUUGUGUUAGAGCAAAAAUUGAUUAUCAAUCUACAAAUGGAUGUUUACGAGAUCCAACAAUUUAUAGAUGCAAACCAGAACCACAUCCUCGUACUGGUACAAAAUAUAAGGUUUACCCAAUAUAUGAUUUUGCUUGUCCUAUUGUCGAUGCUGUCGAAAACGUUACUCAUACUUUACGUACAACAGAAUAUCAUGACAGAGACGUUCAAUUUUAUUGGAUAAUUGAUGCCCUGGGAUUGAGACGUCCUUAUAUAUGGGAAUAUUCACGUUUGAAUAUGACGCACACAGUUUUAUCAAAAAGAAAAUUAACUUGGUUCGUUGAUCAAGGUUUAGUUGAUGGUUGGGAUGAUCCACGUUUUCCAACAGUAAGGGGUAUUCUGAGAAGAGGGAUGACAGUUGAAGGAUUGAAACAGUUUAUUAUUGCUCAAGGUAGUUCAAAAUCUGUCGUUUUCAUGGAAUGGGAUAAAAUAUGGGCAUUUAACAAAAAAGUUAUUGAUCCAGUUGCUACUAGAUAUACUGCUUUGGAAUAUAAUAAAAUUGUACCAGUGCAUAUAGAUGAUGCGAAGGAAGAAUGGUUAACCGUUCAAAAUCAUCCAAAAGAUAUAUCAAAAGGCACUAAACAAGUAUUAGUAGGAUCACAGGUAUAUAUAGAAAGAGAUGAUGCAAAUUUCCUAACUGAAGGUCAAAAUGCUACCUUCAUUAAUUGGGGUAACAUUUUAAUAAAAAAAAUUGAAAGAGAGAAUGAUGUUAUUAAACGAGUUGUAGCACAAUUAAAUUUAGAAAACAAAGAUUAUAAAAAUACAUUAAAAAUUACAUGGUUAUCGAUACCGUCUGAUAAAAAUCAUGAUGUUAGUAAAGUUAAUCUAAUUCCAUGCUACGCUGUUUAUUUUGAUCAUAUUAUAAGUAAGUCAAUAUUGGGAAAGGAUGAUGAUUACAAAGAUUUCAUUGCAAAAAAUACAAGAACAGAGAUACAAAUGCUUGGAGAAGUAGCAUUAAAACAUGUGGAAAAAGGAGAAAUAAUUCAAUUACAAAGAAAAGGAUUUUUUAGAUGCGAUGUAUCUUAUGCUCCUGUUAGCCCAUUUUCUUCUAGAGAACAGCCUUUAAUAUUAUUUCAUAUUCCAGAUGGUCAUACUACAAAUAUAACAAAAUCCAUACCUACUGGUAGUACACCAGAAUCUGUUAAAGAAAUUUCUCAAAAAAAUAAACAAAAACUAGAUGCGAACUUAAAUAACAAAAAAAUUGUUGUACAAUUAGAAGAAAUUGGGACACCAGGUACAACAUUAAAUAAAUCGCAAAUGAUAUCCGAUGAAAAUAAAUUAUCUGAAAAUAUUAUACAACAAGAAAGCAGAAUUAAAGAAUUACAAUUGAAGAUAAAUCAAGAAAUGCAACAACUUUCGAAUUUAAAAACAAAAUAUAAAAAUAAAACUGGUAAUGAGUGGACUGGAAUCAAAAAUCAAAAUAUAACAAAAGAUAUAUUAACAGAAUCGCAUGCUGUAAGAUUAUAUAAUGAAAUUCAAAAACAAGGAGAUAAAGUAAGACAAUUAAAAAGUUCGAAAGCAGAAAAAAGUGUUAUUGAUGAAGAGGUAAAAAAGCUUUUGGCUUUGAAGUCAGAUUACAAAUCUGUUACUGGUCAAGAUUGGAAACCAUCUACUAUUCCAACAACUGAUGUAACGAAUAAAGAAGAAAAUUCUGUUGACAAAAUAUCAGAAGGUAUACAAAAACAAGGAGAUAAAGUAAGACAAUUAAAAAGUUCGAAAGCAGAAAAAAGUGUUAUUGAUGAAGAGGUAAAAAAACUUUUGGCUUUGAAGUCAGAUUACAAAUCUGUUACUGGUCAAGAUUGGAAACCAUCUACUAUUCCAACAACUGAUGUAACGAAUAAAGAAGAAAAUUCUGCUGACAAAAUAUCAGAAAGUAUACAAAAACAAGGAGAUAAAGUAAGACAAUUAAAAAGUUCGAAAGCAGAAAAAAGUGUUAUUGAUGAAGAGGUAAAAAAACUUUUGGCUUUGAAGUCAGAUUACAAAUCUGUUACUGGUCAAGAUUGGAAACCAUCUACUAUUCCAACAACUGAUGUAACGAAUAAAGAAGAAAAUUCUGUUGACAAAAUAUCAGAAGGUAUACAAAAACAAGGAGAUAAAGUAAGACAAUUAAAAAGUUCGAAAGCAGAAAAAAGUGUUAUUGAUAAAGAGGUAAAAAAACUUUUGGCUUUGAAGUCAGAUUACAAAUCUGUUACUGGUCAAGAUUGGAAACCAUCUACUAUUCCAACAACUGCUGUAACGAAUAAAGAAGAAAAUUCUGCUGACAAAAUAUCAGAAAGUAUACAAAAACAAGGAGAUAAAGUAAGACAAUUAAAAAGUUCAAAAGCAGAAAAAAGUGUUAUUGAUCAAGAAAUAAAAAUUCUAUUAGAUUUGAAAAAUAAUUAUAAGGCAUUAACAGGACAAGAAUGGAAGUCAAUACCUGAUAUGUCUAAGAAGAAAAAAGAUGUUUCUAAACGCGAAAAUCAGAAUACAUCUAAUAAAGAAAUAAGUAAAAAUGAAGGCAUGAAAGAUGUAGAUAUAGGUAAAACAAGAUUAGGAUUAGAGGCAAGAAAAGAAGAAAAUUUCUUUGAGUGGUAUUCUCAAAUUAUUACUAAAAGUGGUAUGAUUGAAUAUUACGAUGUAUCCGGCUGUUAUGUUUACCGCCCGUGGAGUUUUGCUGUGUGGAAAAUGAUAAAAGAAUACAUUGACAAAGAAAUAACACAAAUGGGUGUACAAGAAUGUUAUUUUCCUAUGUUCGUUACACGAACAGUAUUAGAAAAAGAAAAAAAGCACAUAGCAGAUUUUGCUCCUGAAGUUGCAUGGGUAACAAAAUGUGGAGAAUCAGACUUAGCAGAACCUAUUGCUAUAAGACCAACAUCAGAGACUGUAAUGUAUCCUGCUUAUGCCAAAUGGUUAAAAUCUGAUACUGAACUUCCUUUAAAACUUAAUCAAUGGAAUAAUGUUGUAAGAUGGGAAUUUAAAGAUCCUAAACCUUUCUUACGUACAAGAGAAUUUUUGUGGCAAGAAGGUCAUUCUGCUUUUGCUACUAAAGCUGAGGCUGAUGAAGAAGUCAUGAUCAUUUUAGAUCUAUAUGCAAGAGUGUAUGAAGACUUGUUAGCAAUACCUGUUGUUAAAGGCCGUAAAACGGAAAAAGAGAAAUUUGCUGGUGGUGACUACACUACCACUGUUGAAGCUUUUAUUUCAACAAGUGGCCGUGCAAUACAAGGAGCGACAAGUCAUCAUCUUGGACAAAAUUUUUCUAAAAUGUUUAAUAUUCAAGUAGAGAAUGCCGUAGAAGGGAAUGAAAAAACAUUUGUCUAUCAAAAUUCAUGGGGCCUAACGACUCGCACGAUUGGAGUUAUGAUAAUGGUCCAUGGAGAUGAUAAAGGUUUAGUAUUACCACCAAAUGUAGCUUGUAUUCAAGCCAUUAUAGUUCCUUGCGGUAUUACAGCAAGUACAACGCCUCAACAAAGAGAAUUAUUGUUCUCUGAAUGUAAUAAAUUAUUAGGUGAACUUUCGAAAGAUUCGCUUAGAGUUAAAGCAGAUUAUCGGAGUAAUCGCACACCAGGUUGGAAAUUUAAUCAUUGGGAAUUAAAAGGUGUACCCGUAAGAAUAGAAGUAGGCCCUAAAGACUUAAACAAAAAUCAGGUCACUUUUGUACGUAGAGAUAAUUCUGAAAGAGUAUUUGCAAAAAGACCUGACGUAGUCACGGCUUUGCAUACAUUACUGACCAAUAUACAAGCAGAUAUGCUUUCCAAAGCAAAAAAAAACUUAAACGAGCAUAUUAAGCGUGCGGAUAAUUGGAAUGAAUUUUGUUCUUAUCUCAAUGAAAAAAACAUAUUAUUAUCACCAUUUUGUGGAGAAUCAUCUUGUGAAGAUAAAAUUAAACGCGACAGUGCACGAGAGGAUACGGGAGGAGAAAUUGGAACAUUAUCAAUGGGUGCAAAAAGUCUGUGCAUACCAUUUGAUCAACCACCUUCAUCAGCAUCUUUUGAUAAACAAACAUGUAUCCACCCCGAUUGUCAGAACAAACCGCAGUUUUAUACACUUUUCGGCCGUAGCUAUUAAAGUAAUGUAAUAUGUAUACAAAAAUGAGACAAUUAUUACAAUAAAAAUUUCUUUAAACAACA